AUGACUGUCAAGACUACCGAAGAACAAAAACGCUUUGUUGAGCGUGUGGCUUCUCUCCCUUAUGUUCACGACAGCUUUGUUUAUGCCAACGAGACUCGUCUCGGCCGUUUCGCCAAUUCGACUUUGACCAACCUUGCACAAAACCAAUCGGUCCAAACGGCGUACAACAACUACUUGCAACGUCAUGUUGAGCGUGCUGAUGCACUUGGAUGCCGCUCGCUUGAUCUUAUUGAGGAAAAGCUUCCCGUUUUAACCAAUGUGGUUGAAUCCCGAUCUGGCCACGUGCGUGCUAUUGUUACCGACCGCCGUGCCAAGCUUGCCGAGAGCUUGGAUUUGCUUCAAACCACUUUACGCCAAUAUGCCACUGCUGCUUACAACUUAAAGGAUAAGGAUCAUCAACAAGUUGCUCAACAUUGGUUCCAAGAAGUUGCUGCUCAAAUCAACAACCAGUUGGCUUCGGUGGUCACUUAUCUCAAAGAUCAGCCCAACAUUCCCGAUUGGGUCAAGGGCCGUGUUCUUUCUCUUGUCGACAUUGCUUCCAAGCAAUACGAAUUGGUGCGUGAGCAAUACAACCGCAAGGAUAUCUCCAACAUUGAAAAGGCUCGUGUUGUUGCCCAAGGUGUCCAGGAACAAGUAUUGCCCGUCCUGCAAACAGUGCACUCCCAACUCUUGUAUUACACCUCCGCCAAGGCUGAAACCCUUCGUUCCUACGUCAAGUUGCCCGCCGUUGUUGCUUCCCACUAG